CAAAUUUACUUUUGCAUGCCGGCAAUCACCAUACAUACUGUACAAUGGAUCUUUCGUUGCCACCCCUAGGUCUAAAAUCUGUCCUUGGCACUAAACAAGCUUAUCCCAGGUUAUGGCUCGGCUUAUGGCCCGUAUGGAGACGGACAUAUAGUAUUUUCCACGGGUUGUUUGUGAAUGGUAUUCUAUUCAUUGCGGAUACCAGUCUCCUUUCUAUAAGUCGGCAACACCGUUCCUAUAUAAUAUACUAGCUUCAGCGGCAGGACAGGAAUCGCGGGAUUGAGAACUUGAAGACAACACAGCGCUCAUUGACCCACCCAGCAAAACGACCAGCAUAGCGACCAACAUGGGAAUAAUUUCCAUCGGCGGAAACCCUCGAGGCGCGAAACUCAUCAUCGUCGAGACAAUCUUCAUCUUCUUUGAUGUUGUGGCCGUGGCAGGGCGAAUAUGGUCGCGACGGAUCCAGCAAAAAGCGCUUCAGUUCAACGACUGGAGCAUCAUCGUCGCCUUGGUCGUUAUGAUUGCGCGAUAUGGCAAUGAGAUUAGCAUGGUUGUUGUAGCUGGUUUCGGAUUGCACGCCACGAAUAUUGAGGCAGAGUAUGGAUCCGAAAAAAUCACUCAGUUCGGCAUGUUGUCCUUUGCAGACGAUAUGCUAUGGCUUGCCUUGGUCACCCUCAUCAAGCUUUCCGUACUCGAUCUAUACGACAAGAUCUUCCAGAGACCUGUCUUUUCGACGAUAAAUUGGAUUGUUUUCGCCAUCUGCGCAACAACCGGUGUUGCGUUCAUCUUUGUUAGAGCAUUGAUUUGCCGGCCCGUUGCAAUGAACUGGGACUUCACUACACCAGGUGGUACUUGCGGCGACCUGCACACCAUGUAUAUGUCUUUGGCCUCCAUCGAUCUAAUUCUCGACUUGCUGGUGGUCUUCCUGCCUAUGCCUGUUGUAUGGAAUCUUCAGAUGGCAUUCAGUAAAAAGAUUGCAAUUAGUGCUGUCUUUGGACUCGGUGCUGCUAUCUGUUGCAUUACCGCCGUCCGCUUGAAGUUUAUUGGCGAGAUCGAUGUAUUGGAUCCGCAGUUUAGCCAGAUCAAGUUUAACAUUUUUGCUGCCCUCGAACCCCUUCUUGGUAUUAUCAACGCCUGCUUGCCGGUGCUCCCACCGGUGAUUGCCAAAUUAUUCCGCAGCGCCGCAUUUCGAAGCACAUUCAAGGGAACCGCACAAAAAAACUCCACAGGCACAAGUGACUUCAAGAACUUCAGCAGUCACAAAGGCACUGGUUUAGUCUCAUCUGCGUCUACGGGACGGCAAUUCGAGAGGCUUGAGGACGAGUAUCCUCUCAAUGACAUACGAAGGAAUGCGCGAAGGGAUAUCUCUGAGGAGUUUGGCAAUAAUAUUCGUGUCUCCAGGAAGUGGGACCUUGAGUAUUCAUCCAGUAAGUCUGAUAAUGAUGAGACUACGAGUAAAGGUCUGGGAAUUGCUCACUAGGCUACGUUUGAUGUUCUCCUGUAAUCAUAGCCCUACAUACAGUGAUAUAGUAUGCCGCCGGAAAGGGGGUGGACGUUACGAUUGAUCUCGCACUUAGAUGUGAAUUACGUCAAGAAUAGGCAGAUCACAGUAGUCGUUUGCAUAGCUUCUGCAACCUGAAAAUCAGUUUGCACAUGAAGGCACUGGCUGCUCUUCACACCUGCCGCGCGAGCUGUUCCCUUGCCAGCUGCUGGAGAUGGCCGGCAGCGGACACGCUCAAAAUGCGGAUGCGAUCUGUUACAAAUAGGUACUCGCAGAUAGUAAUGUAA